GUUGGCUGAGCCGGGAUAUUGUCUCCUGGACUUUCGAUUCAUGUGGCUCUUCUUCUUCUACUUCUUUUCCUUUUCUCUUCUUUCUUCCCUUCUACUUUUCCCACAGUCGACGUCACGUCUUGAUUUCGUCACUACCCUGACACCCAUCCCUUGCGUCAAGCUUCGCACGGGGAUCUUCCGCCAGUCAAUUGUCGCAUUCCCCCGUCUUUCCUUCUUCCAUACUUUGUGAAGUACCAAAGUAUUACACAUCGUCAUCAUCCAAUUGCGUCGCCCGCCAUGGCCGCCAAUAACAUGAUCAAUCCCGCCGUGGAUCCCAACCUGGAGGACGAACUCUUCGCCAAGGAGGUCGAGGAGGUCAAGAGGUGGUGGAGCGAGCCACGAUGGCGGUACACGAAGCGGCCCUUUACCGCGGAGCAGAUUGUCAACAAGCGCGGCAAUCUCAAGAUUGAGUACGCCAGCAACACACAGAGCAAGAAGUUGUGGAACAUCCUCGAGAAGCGUUUCAAGGAAAGGGACGCCAGCUACACGUACGGCUGCCUGGAGCCCACUGCCGUCACCCAGAUGGCCAAGUACCUCGACACCGUCUACGUCUCGGGCUGGCAGUCGUCAUCGACCGCCUCCUCCUCGGACGAGCCCGGUCCGGACCUGGCUGACUACCCCUACACGACGGUGCCCAACAAGGUCGGCCAUCUCUUCAUGGCGCAGCUCUUCCACGACCGCAAGCAGCGCCAGGAGCGCAUGUCGGUGCCCAAGGCCCAGCGCGCCAAGCUUCCCAACAUCGACUACCUGCGCCCCAUCAUCGCCGACGCUGACACGGGCCAUGGCGGUCUGACCGCCGUCAUGAAGCUGACCAAGCUCUUCAUUGAGAAGGGCGCCGCCGGCAUCCACAUCGAGGACCAGGCGCCGGGCACCAAGAAGUGCGGCCACAUGGCCGGCAAGGUCCUGGUGCCCAUUAGCGAGCACAUCAACCGCCUGGUGGCCAUCCGCGCCCAGGCCGACAUUAUGGGCUCCGACCUCAUUGCCAUCGCGCGGACCGACGCCGAGGCGGCCACGCUCAUCACGUCCACCAUCGACCCGCGCGACCACGCCUUCAUCCUGGGCAGCACCAACCCCAACCUGCAGCCGCUCAACGACCUGAUGCUGGCGGCCGAGAGGGCCGGCAAGGCGGGCGCUGAGCUGCAGGCCAUCGAGGACAAGUGGCUGGAGCAGGCCAACCUCAAGCGCUUCGACGACGCCGUGCUGGACGCCAUCGCCGGCAUGCCCAACGCGCAGUCGCUGGCCGACCAGUACCGCAGCGCCAUCAAGGGCAAGCAGCUGUCCAACGCCGAGGCCCGCGCCAUCGCCCGCCGCAUCCUCGGCCGCGACAUUUACUUUGACUGGGACGCCCCGCGCACCCGCGAGGGCUACUACCGCCUCAAGGGCGGCUGCGACUGCUCCAUCAACCGCGCCAUCGCCUAUGCCCCUUACUGCGACGCCAUCUGGAUGGAGAGCAAGCUGCCCGACUACAAGCAGGCAGAGGAAUUUGCCCGCGGCGUGCACGCCGUCUGGCCCGAGCAAAAACUCGCGUACAACCUGUCGCCCUCGUUCAACUGGAAGGCGGCGAUGCCGCGGGAGGAGCAGGAGACGUACAUCCGGCGGCUGGCCAAGCUGGGCUACUGCUGGCAGUUCAUCACGCUGGCGGGCCUGCACACGACGGCGCUGAUCAGCGACCGGUUCGCGCAGGCCUACGCGCGCCAGGGCAUGCGCGCCUACGGCGAGCUCGUCCAGGAGCCCGAGAUGGAGCUCGGCGUCGACGUGGUCAAGCACCAGAAGUGGAGCGGCGCCGCCUACGUCGACGAGCUGCAGAAGAUGGUCACCGGCGGCGUCAGCUCCACCGCCGCCAUGGGCAAGGGCGUCACCGAGGAGCAGUUCCAUUAAAAAGAGGAGGACGAGGAGGAGCAGUAGAAGAAGGAGAAGAAGAAGAAGCUCGCUCUAAGAAUCAGGGAAGGAAACAUUCCUUGUCUUGCAAAGUCGGGGAAGAAAGAACAGGACGAUGGCGGCCGCGGGUGGCCAUCCGCGACCUUAUUUAUGUCUAAGGACAAGCCGAGUUUAUUCAUCGGCGGGAUGGGUUUGGAUAUUCUUCAUUGAUGUGUUUUCCUUCG